AUCGGCGCGGAGCCGGCUAAAGGAAUAUAAAAAGUAAAGGAGUGUCACCGUCUCCUUCACUUUCCCAUUCAUUUGCCCAGGUUCGUUCUGUUGCUGCUCCUAACUUGAUUAUAAUCAUAUUUAUCUAAUUAUAAACUUGUUAAGAACUCUUAGAAGUCGUUCGCUUCUACAGAAAAUCGGAGUGGUAAAAUUUGUUAAAAUGAGUAACGUUUGCUUGAUUGUCAUCGACGGUUGGGGCAUUUCCGAUGUUCUAGAGGGUAAUGCCAUUCAUUAUGCUAAAAAGCCGGUUAUGGAUGCGUUAGCGCAGAAAGAGGGUCAAUAUUAUACUCUGGAAGCGUCCGGAAAAUUCGUUGGAUUACCGGAUGGAUUGAUGGGUAACAGCGAAGUGGGUCACAUGAACAUCGGCUGUGGACGGGUCAUGUAUCAGGAUAUCGUCCGUAUCAAUAUGGACGUGGCUUCGAAGAAGAUAGUCGAAAACGAAUUCUUUGUAGAGGCCUGCAAAAAUGCCAUUUCUAACACCGGUCGGUUGCAUAUGUUGGGCCUGUUUAGUGAUGGAGGUGUUCACGCCCAUAUCAACCACUUGUUUGCGCUGUUGGAAGGAGCCAAGCUUGCCAAGGUGCCGAAGACUUUCGUCCACUUUUUUGCCGACGGAAGAGAUACCAGUCCCACUAGUGGAGUCAAUUACGUCAAGCAGGUUUUGGAUAAAAUAAAAGAACUCGGAUAUGGCUCUCUCUCCACCGUUAUUGGCAGGUAUUAUGCCAUGGAUCGUGACAAGCGCUACGAAAGGCUGAAAUUGGCUUUUGAGGGGUUGGUGCAGGGUAUGGGAGAAAAAUCUAGUGCCGACACUGUGAUUCAGGCGAUUCAGGCUCAUUAUGAUGCUCCGGAAGCGGAGAGACAGACCGACGAAUUCUUAAAACCGAUCAUUGUCAAUGAGGAAGGGUGUAUUAAGGACGGAGACACUCUUAUCUUUUUAAAUUUUCGAGCCGAUCGCGUUAGACAGAUUUCUGAAGCUUUUGGUAUAGAAAGACAUUUUGAAACAAAUGUUGUACCAAAGAAUAUAAAAAUUUAUACCAUGACACAAUAUAAGAAAGAAUUUCCUUUUGGUAUGCUGUAUCCACCAACUGUACCAAAAAAUGUUUUGUCCGAAUGGAUUGCUAGCAAGAGUCUUCCACAAUUUCAUUGUGCAGAAACUGAAAAAUAUGCACACGUUACCUUUUUCUUUAAUGGAGGACAAGAAACAGCAUUUAAUUUAGAAGACAGGCUAAUGGUACAGUCGCCAAAAGUAGCAACUUAUGACUUGCAACCAGAAAUGAAUUGCAAAGGAGUAGCAGAAGAAAUGGUUAAAGUAAUAGCGACAGAAAAAUAUCCUUUUGUAAUGUGCAACUUUGCACCGCCCGACAUGGUGGGACACACCGGAAAAUACGAGGCUACCAUUAAAGGCGUUGAAGCCACCGACGAGGCCAUAGGGAUGAUUUUAGCGGCCUGUGACAAACAUGGUUACACUCUAGUCAUCACUGCAGAUCACGGUAAUGCAGAAAAAAUGCUCGACCCCAAAGGAGGCCCCCACACCGCCCACACCACAAAUAAAGUUCCUCUGUGUGUCACGGGCUUCCGCAAACUAAAAAACAUCACUCACAGUGCGGCACUCUGUGACGUUGCUCCUACCAUUCUAGAUCUGAUGGGACUGGACAAACCACCCGAAAUGACAGGACAGUCUCUGUUGGCACCCCCUUAAAGAAAGAAGAGAUUAACAUUGACAACCAAUUUGUUUUUCUAAAAUUCAGAAAUAGUUAUUUAUGUUUUAGCUAAUGUAUGUUAAUUUGUUAGGGAUGUUAUUAUUUAAGGUAUUUGAAGUCAAUUUAAUUUUGUGAUAUUAAAUGUAAGCAUUAACUGCUUUUAAGUUAUCGAAAAUAAAUAUAAUUGUGCAUAAAAAAAACAAGUGAUGUUAGUUAAUUGGAAAACUAAAUUUGCAAAUGUUAAGACAUUUUUUUUUCACUUAAUUCUGUGAUCUAUAUUUACCCCAUGUAUAUUGUGAAUGAUGAUGUAGAAGAAGAAAAUAAAUUAAAAAUUUUUUUGAUAUA